AUGGAACAACAUGGGGAGUAUCUUGACAUAUACCAGCUAAAGAUAGAUAAAGCUCCUACAAUGGCAGAAAUUCAGCUAAAAUUAGCCAAAACAGAAUAUGCUGAUACUGGCAAAACAGGAUUAAUAUCUUGGCUCCUCAAUGGUAUAAAUUUAGAGGGUGCACAGGAUGCAUUGAGGGUAGAUAUUUGGCAGCUUCCCAGAAAUGCAUCUGCUGUUCAAAAGGCAGCAGUAGAAGAGAAGUGA